AUGCCAGAUUCUUCUUUUCCCAGACCCAAAGGUAGAGAAGAGGCCAUUUAUGAAUGGUACGCAGCUAGGCGGCCUGGCAUAACGGCUCCCGCAAAGAAGGACCGUGAGGAGAAGGGCCAUUCCGCCAUCAACGAGGUAGUGACCAGAGAGUACGUUAUCAACAUUCACAAGCUUAUCCCUGGAGUGGGUUUCAAGAAGCACGUCCCUCGGGCACUCAGAGAGAUCUGGAAAAUUGCCAUGAAGGAGAUGGGAACGCCAGAUGUUCUCGGCCUCAACAAGGCUGCCUGGGCCAAAGACGUGAGGAAUGUCCCAGUCCGUAUCCGGGUGCGCUUGUCCAGAAAACGUAAUGAGGAUGAAGAUUCGCCAAACGAGCUCUGGACAUGGGUCACUUACAUACCUGUCACUCUUUUAAAAUGCCUACAAAUAAUGUGGAUGGGAACUAACUGCUGA